CGGGGCAGGGCUCCAGCUGGUCACUCGGAGGCGCCCUGGCUCUCCCCGCAAGGCGCUGUCCUGGAGCCAUCCCGGCGCUGCCCCCCGUGCAGCGUCUCCCCGGCCCAGUUCUGUGUCCCCCCAGGGCCCCACCGCCCACGCCGGCCCGGCUCCAGGGGCACCAAGGGCCACAGGUGCAGGGGUUGAGCCCCCGCCUGCUCCACAGGAAGCCCUGAGAUGACCCACUACAGGCACCCUGGGCGUGUGCGGUGAGAGCCAGCCUGCAGCCUAAGUGCCAUGUGGCUGCAGAGACCUGGCUCAGUGCAGGCCCUGCAAAGUGGGGAUCGUCCACAGCAAAUACUAGCUAUGGGGAAAGAACUGUGUUUGGCUUGGAGCUGAAGAUCGGAACAAUUUUGAUUACAUUGGAAGGCAGCGUGUUAUGUUCAGGAUGCUCAGCGAGGACGAAAGCUGCCCAGGACCCACAGGCUGCCCCAGCCUGCCGUGUCAGGGAGUCUCCUAGCUGCUGCUUGGGGGCUGGGGCGCUCUGCUUUCUGCUGUUCCCACGCUGCACUGUAACGCCCAGCUGCAGCCAUGCGACAGAGAGGCCACGUCAGUGCACGCGAGAAACGCGCAGCGCGGCGCCACUACUACGAGCUGUCCAAGGAGAGAGUGAGAGCAGUCAAGGCUCUGGCAGCUGCUGCAGAGCAGCCAGUCAAAGAGGAGCCGUCGGAGGAGGCGUUCGCGUUCGACAUGUGCUGGCUCCCUCUGCCUGGAGAGGUGAAGGUGGAGCAGGACCAUGAGUGCACAAAGUGUGGGGAGAGCUUCCACCAGCAGGCCGAGCUGCUGGCCCACAAGCAGACCCAUGAGCAGAAAGUGCUGCUGAUUUGCACGGAGUGCGGCCGGAGCUUCUCCUGCCCCAACAGCUUCAUGCUGCACCAGCGCGUGCACAGCAGGGAGACGCUGCAGAAGCCCUACGUCUGCCCACAGUGUGGCCGCACCUUCAGCUACAAGAGCAGCCUGGGGGUGCACCUGCGUGCCCACACGGGCGAGCGCCCCUUCAUGUGCCCCUCCUGCAGGAAGAGCUUCAAGAACAAGACCUACCUGGUGGUGCACCAACGCGUGCACACCCGCGUGCGGCCCUACACGUGUGCCGAGUGCAGCAAGAGUUUCCUGCAGAAGCGAGACCUGACGGUGCACCAGCGCGUGCACAGCAAGGAGAGCCCCUUCCUCUGCUCUGAGUGCGGCCGGCGCUUCCGCUACAAGUCGAGCCUGGCCAUCCACCAGCGCACGCACACGGGCGAGCGCCCCUUCCCCUGCUCCGACUGCGGCCGGCAUUUCAAGUACAAGACCAACCUACUGAUCCACCAGCGCAUGCACACGGGCGAGCGCCCCUACCCCUGCCCGCAGUGCAGCAAGAGCUUCCCCUGCAGCACCAACCUCAUCAUGCACCAGAUCACCCACGACAGGCAGCAGGAGGGGCCACGGGGGCCGCCGGCAGCCAGGCGGCGGGAGAGGGAGAGAGCCCACACGGCUGACCAGCCCUUCGUGUGUGACGAGUGCGGCAAAGGAUUCAAGAAGCAUGGCUUCCUGAUCAUCCACCAGCGGACCCAUUGCCCAGUGCCUGCUGGAGCUAGUGCAGAGCAGGCAGCUGGGCCAGGGAAAGCCACGUGCUGCCCUCCACACCCAGCCCUCGCUCUCGCCAGGGAGUGGCUUGGAGCACAGGGCACCGAGGGAGCGUCUGACCACGGGACGUGCUAGCCACAGGCGUGGGCUGGGCUGGGCUGGGCUGGGCUGGGCUUGCCUGCUGUGUGCUCCACUGCAGGCUGGUGUGACUGGACUCAGCCCCUCCCCGAGCCUUGGGCAUUGUGCCCCACACUAACUUCAGUGUGCUCUGAAAUAAACCGUUCCCCACACCC